AUGAACAAGGCAGACUGUGGCAAAUGGAAUUUGAUGGAAGUUGUGCAAACUCUGGCUCUGGCACGGGAGCGGUUCUGCUUUCGCCUAAUGGUAACAUUUUUCCUUUCUCUUUCAAGCUGGAUUUCAAGAAUACCAAUAACACUGCAGAAUAUGAGACCUAGUGUUCUUGACAAUGUGAAUCAUUGGCAAGUAUUUGAUACAAAUGCUCAAAUUAAAUAUUUUCUAGAGUGCACCCGUUCAUUUGCCCAAUCAUAUUUUGAAGGUUCUGAAGAUGGUUGUAAAGAAUUUUGUCCAGACCCUAGUAUUGAUUCUGAUAAGAAUUUCAUUCAGCUGAAAGGGAACAAAAUUUUGAAAGGUUUGGUGAGUCUAGAGAGGUUUUUCACCCGUAAUGAUAUGUUUAUUGGUAAGAAAACUCCUGAUGAAGGCAGUAAGAUAGUAGCUGGGUUGGAAAUGAUGUCAAUGGAUUUUCGUGACAGAAUUAUUGCUGCUUACCUAGAUGACUUGAUCGUGUUUUCUAAAGAAAGGAAGAAUCAUCUCAAAUAUCUAAAGGCAGUUCUACAACGUUGUCGAGAACAUAGUAUCUCCUUGAAUCCAAAGAAGUCAGUUUUCUGUGUAACUGAGGGCAAGUUAUUGGGGCAUAUCGUUUCGAAGGAAGGUGUCAAGAUUGAUCCUGAUAGAGUCAAUGCAAUUCAAAAUCUCAGCCUACCUUCAAAUUGGAUAGGAGUAAGGUCAUUUUUCAAUCAGGUGGAUGAAUCUGGGAUUGAAGCACCUAUAGCAUUCAUGAGUGUCCCUCUCAAGAAGCAUGAACUUAAGUAUUCGCUCUCAGAGAAACAAGCCUUUUUUGUGGUUAAAGCAGUUAAACAAUUCAGGUAUUACAUUCUGCAUUCUCACUCUAUGGUGUUUGUUCUAGAUUCUGCAGUGAAAAGUAUUUUGACUCAACAGGAAGUUCGACUCAACAAAAGAGCGACAUGGGUAACCAAAAUUCAGGAAUAUGAUCUAGAUAUUUGUCCUACAAAGACGGUUAAAGGACAAGGUUUAUGCAAACUAAUAGCAGAAAAUAAGAUAGAAAUAGACGAGGCACUACCAUUGACUCUAUUUGUUGGUUUACAAGAUACAUGGUUUUUUGAUGUGGCUUAUUACCUGACCUAUGGUAGCUUCUCAGGUCAUUUGUCAACCAAAGAACAGAGACAUCUCAAAUUAAAAGAAGCUAAGUAUGUUAUCUGGCAAGAUGUUUUGUAUAAGAAGGGCUUGGAUGGUACCUAUUUGAGAUGUGUAGAUAAGCCACAACAGCGAAAACUUCUGGAAGAAUGUGAAAAAUGUCAACUCUUCUCUGGAAAACCACAUUUAGCUGCCCUACCUUUAAGGCUUGUGGUAGUAGAUGAACCUUUCAAGGAAUGGGGUAUUGAUUUCAUUGGUCUAAUAAAUCCUCAUUCCAAUGCCAGCCAUAUGUAUAUUCUGACAGCAAUAGAUUAUUUUACUAAGUGGGUGGAAGUUGUUCCCACUAAGAAGGCAAACUCAGAAGUCGUAUGUGAUUUUCUCAAGGAUUGCAUUUUAGUUUGUUUUGGGGUUCCCCAAAAGAUUGUCACAGAUAAUGCAUCGUAUUUCUCCUCUGAAGAAUUGACUAUGUUUUCCUAUGAACAUCAAAUUACUCUUUCACACUCCUCCAAUUACUUUCCGCAAGGUAAUGGGUUGGUAGAAUCGAGCAACAAGAACCUAAUAGCAAUCAUGAAGAAGUUGGUUGAUGAUAAUGCCCAGAACUGGCAUAAGAAGGUAUAUGAAGCCUUAUGGGCAGAUAGAAUUACUCCCAAAAGAGAAAUUGGAAUGUCACCUUAUGAACUGGUGUAUGGCAUUGGUGCAAAGGUUUCUUUACCUCUGGAAUUGGCAGCGGCAAGGCUUCAAACUGUAAUUGAGGAUUCCUUUUUCCAAAAUGCUCUAGAAAAGAUAGUCAUGUAUUUAAUGAGGUUGGAAGAGGAAAGAGAGAUGUUAGUGGAUAGAAUUACCGAGCAUCAAAACAGGGUGAAGAGAAUAUUUGAUAUGAGAGCUCAACCAAGAGGUUUUCUAAAAGGAGAUGAAGUACUGUUGUGGGAAAAGAGAAGGGAACCAAAGGGUGCCCAUGGAAAAUUUUAUUCACUAUGGAAAGGUCCGUUCAAGAUUCAUGAAGUAGUGGGACUGAAUGGAUUUAGAAUCAAUUAUUCUGAUGAAACGGUUAUGCCCUAUACCUAUAAUGGGCAAGACUUGAAGCUCUGUCAACUUUGA